AUGGUAUCCUCGUCCACCCUCCUCCUCGCCGCAACCGCCGGACUCGCCGCAGCGGCACCUAUCCAGCGUCGCGGCAACCUCCCCGAACCCGUCUCGGCCGCAACAGCAAUCCAAUACCUGUCCUCCAUCAAAGUAGCCGCCGAAUCCAACUCUCCAGCCUACGACCGUGAUCUCUUUAAACAUUGGAUCACCAUCUCUGGCGAGUGCAACACCCGCGAAACCGUGCUCAAGCGUGAUGGCACCGGUGUGGUGACUUCCUCGGCGUGUGCUGCCACCUCCGGCUCUUGGUACUCUGACUACGAUGGCAAGACGUGGAGUGCAGCCGCAGAUGUGGAUAUCGAUCACUUGGUCCCGCUGAAAGAAGCAUGGGUGUCCGGAGCAAAAGACUGGACGAACGACAGACGGCAGCAAUUUGCUAACGAUCUUACCCGCCCUCAACUUCUGGCCGUCACGGAUAGUCUGAACCAGGCAAAGGGCGACCAGGAUCUCGCAGAGUGGCUGCCUCCCCGUGUGUCAUAUCAGUGCGAGUACGUACGUGCUUGGGUGCAGGUCAAGUAUUACUAUGGCUUGAGCAUGGAUAGUGCAGAGAAGGCUGCUGCUAGCAAAGUGCUUACUGGCUGUUAA